GCAGUAUUGGUCGAUCGCGCGCGACGGCAUCAGCAGCAGCGAAGUUGGUCGAAUUUCCUAUAUAUAUUAUUGAUAAAUAGCUCGCGUCGUUGCCCGUGUGACUUUCCUAGGCGGCGAGAACAGCCGACGGAUUGUGCGAUCGUACGCGGAUCGGUGUUGCCUCCUCGCGUGAUAGGCGUUUUCCUGUGCAGCGUCCAAGCGUGCUUGAAAAGAAAGAAGUGUGGUGUCCGCCGUGGGCGACCAACUGCACGUACGACGUACCGUGACGACAGUUACGUGAGAAGAGAGAGAAGGAGAAAGAAAAAGAUAGACGGAUCGAGCGAGGGAGAGAGGAAGAGAGAGAGAGAGAACGCGCGCGCGUCGCCUCGCAAACGGAGAUCGACGGUGGACGAGAGCAGCCGAGCGCGGACGACGGUAUUAUCGUACGUUGGGUGUGACGGACGUGGUGCGGUCCGGUGUGUGCGAUUUCGAAGCAGCGAAUCGUGCGGGUGGUAUUGUGCACGAGGACUUUGAAGGGCGAGCCCAAGCAGCGUUCCCCGCGAGAGCCUGCGGCGCUAUCCCACGAGAGCAUGCCGAGCCCGGCCACGAGAGGGCACACUUGCAGAACAGCGGUAUGCAGAAUGUGAUGCAUCAGAUAACUCUAGUCUCGAUGCGCUCGGGAAUAUUUUAAUAACAACCACGCCGUCGUCAACUGCGAGCAGUAAAAGUUUGCUGCAAAUUUAUUGCGGUGUCAAAGUCCAAUUUUGGAAAAAUAAUCUGGGAGAACAAUCAUCCUAAAAUCGAAUAGUAUCCCUCCAACAGAGGUGUCUGAAAGAUUUUCAUUUAUGUUGGAAAAAAAUACGUUCGGAUACAUCUAACGAGACGUCAAGUAUGCUACAAUUCCUGAAACGUGAAAACAAAGAAACCAAUAUCGUGUUGUGAUAACAAUGAAGAUCGAUGAUGGAUAACAUGGGAAAGACUGUGGAAACGACUUAAUUAUAUAGCCAUGGAGGAUGGCAAGCCAAUAAUAAACUGUUUAUUAGAGUAAGACAGAAACACAGUGAGGACAAAGAGUUCUAAGUCGAAUAGUGAGCGGUAAAGGAGGCAGGACAGAGCCGUAGUAAUGGAUGAAUGGGAGUGAGCGCGGCGCACGGGGAGUGCAGGAGCGGCGGGCGCGCACGUUGCGGCACGUCGUGGGAGCCUCUGGAUGUGGAGGCCGCGGCACUGGCAACGUCAGUGGCAGUGAUGGCCCCUGCUCUGACGGAAGGCGGUCCUCAAAAGCCUGAAAACUUGCUCCCUACCCUACCAGCCGCCAGUGGCUUUCUGUCCGCCGAACAGGCCACGCAAGUGUGCCAGAAUCGUGAGAUCCUGACUAAGUUCGUGGUGCCAGCAAACGUGCAACCGUCGAAGAUCGACGAGCAGUGCUUGCGCGGUAUCUCGAAGGACCUGAUACGCGAUGUCAUUAACUCCAAGUACGCCAACGACCUCGACUCGCUGUCCGCGUUCGCGAGUGCGUCCGAUUUGAUCGGAUCGAAGAACGGUGUAGCGGACUUGCAACAGCAGGCGACGGCAGCGGCGAAGGUGGACUUUGAGCAGCCGGUUACGCUGCCGGACGCCGAUCACGCCGAAGGGAAGGUGAUCGACUUUAUAAUGAACGACCCAUCUAUGGGUGAUCAAACGAACAACAUGGGUUUCUUGAAAUCGAGCGCGGACUUAUCGCUGGUGGCUACUGAGACUGAAGCGGGAGACAAUAAGAAUCUAGAUGUCGAUCAGAUCAUGGCCUUCGGCACCGACAUCACCGCUGAGCAAUGCAACAUGGCGAAUGUCGCCGAUAUCGGGCACAAUGUGGAAGAGAUCUUGCAGGUUAUUAAAUCGAUCGAAGGCGAGGAGAGCGCCGAGAACAUUUCCACAGGCGGCGGCGAGCCGGUGCAAGGCACUGUCGAUGGCGUGGAAAUGUUCGCCAUGCCCGAGGAAGGAUUCGCGUCCUUCGAACGGGAUUUACUUAACGACAUGGACGUAAUGAGUCUUUGUAAUGAGAAUAUGAAUAUCUCGGUGGACACGGUGGACCAACAGAAGUCGAACAGCUUGAGAUUACAACAGGACAUUGUGGCGCAGAAGCAGUUCGAGAGCGAGAGGAAAUGCGCAUUUUUAUUGAGAAGACUGAGGAAGCUCCAAGCUAGACUAAUGGGCAAACACGUGGCGGAGGAGAAUACUGGUGUUCUCGAGUUGGCUCAUCGCGGAGUAAAGAAGUAUUUUUUGCAGGAAUUGGUCAAUACGGGUUCGAAAUCUAAUGUGAGAAACUUUCCUGAGAUUAGCGGCAGUUUAGAUUCGUUUCUACAGAAAAUUGAAAAAAUGUGUGUUGCCCAGAGUAACAGUGUGAAUCGUCAAAGAGUGUGUUGUCGUUACUUCGGUGGAGGAUCGCGUGAUAAUGCGAAUGGUACUUCGUCCGGGAAUAAUGGCAAUCGCCAGCCGGUGUUCGGUACCCCGCAGGUUAAACUAAACGGUGAAGAAGUGGAAAGUGUGGCUGGAGCUUUGUCUACACAAUUGCACGUUGUAGAAUCCAACUUGGAUUCGGACUGUACAGCAUCGAGCAGUGGUGGAGAAAGUUGCGACGAGCUGCAGACAUUUAACAACAUACAUCAGCAGAAUCUGCCCAUAUCCAAAAGAGCAGCUUGGAGAUAUGCACAGGAUCGUGCAGGUGUAGCAUCACAGUGGACCUGGCUGCAGGCACAAAUAUCAGAUUUAGAGUACAGAAUUAGACAGCAUAACGAAUGGCAACGGCAGAUCAGGGCCGCAAAGGGCCUAGUCGUUCUCGAAAAUGCGGAAACCGUUAAUGGAUACAGUGGCGCACUACCAGGUUCUACCGGGCGAUACAAUUCACCCGAGGGUGAAUUACCAGCCAGUAGAACGCGUCCAUUUGUAUGGAAUUAUUAUAGAAAGCGAAAGCUUUUGACCGUGGACAGGCUACACGAAGUUUCAAAGCGUGCAGCUAAAGCGUCAACAGUGAGAUGCAAUUGUGAUCAUGUAUUGCCUGCAUGUGCUUUAUGUACAGGAAGGCUGGAUCCAAUGCAGCCACAAGAACCAAUUGAACAACUUUCUGUACAGGAACGUGUAACACUUGUUGAUUCUAGUUAUCAUCCGGUGCUGUCAUUCUCUGAUGAAAUUGGACAUGGAACUCAUUUAGAUGCUAUUAUGAAAUCAGUGGAGUGGCAGCAGAAAAUGUUGAGAGGUAAUGUGCGAGUUGCCCGAGCGAAAGAUAAAGAUAGCAACGAAAGAAGGAAUAAAAAGCUUUCUAACAGAACGAAGUAUACCGCGCGAUUAAAGAAAUCAUCCUCGACUAUUCUUACAGCAACAGGAAUCAAGAGAAAAAUGUUGAAAAACGGGAAAAGAAAUAGACUCAGCGAGAGAAGCGUGUCUGGAUUAAGCAAGAAAAAAAUAUCCAAGUUGCCAACUGAGGAUGAUGAGGAUAUUAGCGCGCUCUCAAGUUCCAGCAAACACUCAUCCCCAGUGCCUUCUCCAUUGCAACAUGUUACUGCCUCGUCGGAGAAAAAUACUGUUAAAGAGAAAAGCUCCAAUUCACAUGGGCGUUUGCGACAUAAUUCGUAUGACAUUGACAAUAUAGUCAUCCCCUACAGUGUUGCUGCUUCAACUAGGCCUGAAAAGUUACAAUACAAGGAGAUUUUAACGCCAAAAUGGAGAUUGUGCGAGGAGCCUAUAAAAAUGGAUGUAAAGAACGGCAUCAUGCACAUGUCUGGCCCGGACAGUGAUUUCGAAGACGUGUCGGAUGAAACGAUCGCUCUGAGGCAUGAGCGUAGCGAACGCGAGGAAUACAAACGUUUCAUGAUGUACCUCAACAUGCCAAAUCAGACGACGCGUAUUCGCAGUAAUCGUCGUAUCGACAGCAGAGCAGACAGUGGUGCGAACACGCCAGAUCCUAUGUCGCCGCACGCGAGUAGUGACUUUGGUGGAGAUGUGAUGUCCCCGCUCACGUCUCCACCUGCCACUCCGUCUCAGAUGCAGGACACAGAGCCAUCGGGUUUAGAUUCGCACCGAUCGUCUGCUUUACAAAAUUCUAUACGACGUCGCACCAUGCCCGCUUUAAGAUUGGGAAAAGACGAUACCACAGCCGCAUUUACCGAAGAUGAAAACGAGAUUUUGCCGUAUGAGCCAAGAGUAUUCCCAUUAUCUGAAGAAAUUUAUGACAAGAUGUUGGAGGUGAUGCCGGACGGACAUUGGCAAGCUUCGUCGACAUCUUUUUGCUCCAACGACGGAGAUAAGGGUGAUGAAGGGGAUAUGGAUUCUCCCGAAUCGGAUUCGACCGAAUCUGCUUGUUGCGAUAUGGACGGUGAGGAUCCCAAUGAUCCCGAGUGGACAGUAGCUGACGAUAGGGACACUGAAAAGGAGAGAAUACGUCCGACGGCUAAAAGAUAGGAUAUAAAACUCUUAAUAAGUACAGUAUGUCUACGUCGUCGUUACUAUAUGCAGAAGCUACCUGUCAAUUGUUAUAUAUACCUGUCGGUCAUGUAACAUUGCACCUUAAGUUAAUGGUAUUACGAAUCUGUAAAGUGUAUUAUAAAUAUAAAUUUUAUAACUUCAGUCUGCUUAAAUUAAUGGAAAAACCUUAAUUAAUUAUUAUUGCUCUUUUUUUUAAGUAUUGCUAUUUUGGCCAAAGCAUUAGAACUGUACGAAUAUCAUAUUACGUUUAGGAUGUAUAACUUGGAUUACUAAUUUUCCUGCUCUGUUGCGAAUAGAUAAUAUUAAUUCCGAAGAAAGUGGAAUCUCAUGACAGAUUGAGUGAUUUUGUACAAAACUUGUAUUUAUGUUACAAUCAGCUCUUCACUUUAAAUAAAAGUGCCAACUAAAACGUUCUGUAGCACUGUGUACCUUCCAAUAUUACGUGCUUUUUUCUAUUUUGUGAGAAAGAAUUACACCACAGCUUGUGUGACGUACUCUACGAAAAGAUGUUAUAAUAUUACAACGCUUAAAUGUAUGCUACAAUUUUAUUGUUAUGUGAAAAACUUAUAUUUAAAUCUUUGUACAUAUUGUUCGUCAUUAUAUAACUCUUGCACCUAAUUUCGCAAAUGUCGUAAUUUAUGUAACAGUCAAAAUCAGUUUAAGUAUGGAUUUUUUUUUAACAUUAAGGUUUUUUUUAACAUUAAGAAUUUGUUUUAUUUUUUAUAUGACCGAGUUGUGUCUUAAAAUAUUACUAUUACGUCAUACAGGUAAGAACAAAGUUAUAAAAAUUAAAAUUAAGAGAGAGAAGUUGUAAAUUAAUGUAUCAUAGAAAAUAUUCUUGACAUAGUGUGUGUGAAUUUAAAGUAUGUAGAACAGAAUUGCUAAUAUUAAAAAUCUGUUAAUCAGUUAAAUACUGAUGCUCUGUAUUUUGACUGUUAUGUUCUUAUCAUUGAUAUAAUUUGUGAAGUAAAAAUUCACUUGUUAAUUUAAGCGUUCAUAUAAAUCCUGAAAGUCUUGUGUCACUGUGAUUUCGCGAUUUUCGAAUAGUCUGUGAUACUACAUGUAUUUUCUUUCGUAUUAAAAGUUUUAUAACCAGGCAAAUGUCUACGAAUUCUUAAAAGUCGUAUGCGUUUCAAUUUUGUACAUCACUUUUAUGAGAUGCAAAUAAAAGAUAGGUGACAAUAGAAA